AUGGAGAAGACAAUCUGGGUCGAGCGCUUCUACGAGCAGGGGCUGCGUUUCAAGGCCAACGCUGACGCCCAGGGAGUCACGAACAUGGAGCUGGACCUGCUCGAGAACAUCGUGCACGACCCGGUGAUGCUCCCCACUGCGGUGAGUCCUGCGACUGAGGGCGUCAUCCGCAACGCCUGCCCGUUCGCUGCGAAGCACCUGGCUCCUAUUCUCAAGGCUUAA